AUGCCUAUCAAGCAUGUCCUCAACGUAGCUGAAGAAGCCGCCGAGGGAGGGUGGGCGAAUUCUUCUGCACCAUUCCGUCCCGCAAAAUCGCAAGUCUGCAUCAACGAAAAGGGCGAGAGUACAGGAAACGGUCUUUUCGCCAAUGUGGACUUCGAGGCCGGACAGCUGGUGGCAUCGAUCAGAAGGCCAAUUAUAGGCUCACUAGAUGCCGAACGCUUACUCGAUACAUGUGCAAACUGCUUUGUCUGGACCGAAGGUGCAUCAACAGGCACCAGGACGUAUGUACCAGAAGGCGUCAAAGUAUCGAAAUGUGCUGGAUGCCAAAGAUUCAGAUACUGCAGCAAGGCAUGCCAGAAAGCUGCCUGGAACAGGGGCCACAAGUACCAAUGUAAGAUCUUUAAGAAGCUGGGAGAACGAGAGAUUCCCAAAGCCGUUUUUGCGUGUAUGGAUCUCUUGACGAUGAAAAAGCAUGACAUCAUACCAGAUGAGGCGUGGAACAUGUUGCUCAGUCUGCCAUCACAUAUUGAUGAUUUCAAAGCGAAUGGCAAUUACGGCAACAUUGAAUUGAUGGCGACGGGUGCAAGUCAGUUCUCAGUGACACAGGAUCUGUUCGACAAAGAUUUUGUAGCAGCUAUGUACGCACGAGUACUUACAAACUCUCUGACGUUGAUCACUCCAACGCUCGAUCCGCUGGGCAUCAUCUUGGACCCAAUGCUGGGCCACUUCAAUCACUCAUGCGAUCCCAACGCCUACAUUAUCAUGGAUGGAGCUGAAGUUAACGUACGGUCUCUCAAGCCUAUCAAGAAGGACGAAGAGAUUUUUAUCUCGUACAUCGAUACGACCAACCCUUACCACCGACGUCAACACGAGCUCAAACAACGCUGGUUUUUCACCUGCAAAUGUGUCAAAUGUCAAAAAGGCGCCACUCUUGAUGAAGACAAGUGGGCAAUCGAUCCAAGUAACUUGUCACAGGAGAUGCAGCAAGUCGCUGAAAUGAUGACCAAGAACGAAGGCUUUGCAUCAGAUCCAGCAAAUUAUGUCGGCACCACGAAGACCGACAGAUACAUCGCUACCAUCCAGGGCAAAGCUUAUGCCGAGUAUGAAGCAGCGCAGCACGCCCCUCCUGAGCAAGCCAACGAAAUCAUUGUGAACGGUAUGCGCUUGUGCCACCAGUCCGGCUUAUGGCCUGUGUACCGUCAGCCAUAUGCUGCACUCCGGGACGAGCUGAUAGUGAACUUGCUCUCAACGGGAGUCUAUCCUGUGGCAUGGGCACAGUGCGCAAAGCGCUACAAGCAUAUCCAGCCAAAGCUUUACCCCGUACCGUUCCAUCCAGUACGAGUAGUCCAGACCUGGCAGAUGGCAAUGUUGGCGGCCUACUUUGCUGGCGAGGAGGAGGGAAUUGGAGCUCCUGGGGCCAACAUGGGGCUGAUUGCCAUGAUGCUCACAAAGCAGGUUCUAGAUGCUUCGGCGUUGAGCCAUGGUCCCAACAGUGCUUUCUCGAAAAGCGUGAAGAGCAAAGCGGACGAGAUGAGCAAAGAGUUGCGGAAGAGCGUAGGGGAGAAUCCAGACAGGGAUGUUGUGAACAAGGAACUUGAAGUGCAGCGAGAGAUGUUGAUGGAGAUGGGCGACUGGAUUCAGUACUGA